AUGGCCAACGCGCUUUGCUGCACAAUUGUUAUCACAAUUCUCUUCAUAUGUUUGGCCAUUGAUUCAAAGCUUCUUUCACAAAACACAUUCACGAACCAAACGCGCGUAGAACCGAAUGGGGGACGACGUACGGAAUGGAAAACAUUGUGCCCGCACGUACGCAUACAAGUGAGUCAAGGCGUGGUCUCAUUGCACGGGAUACCAAGGUAUAGCGUGAUAAUCACGAAUUUGUGCACCGACUGCUGGGUCGCAAAAGUCCAUUUUCACUGUCAAUGGUUUGCGUCCGCCACACUCGUUCCGCCGAACUUUUUUGAACGUGUGGCGUAUGACGAUUGCGUCGUCUAUGGAGGGAGGCCGAUGCCGAGCGGGAAAACGAUUCAAUUUGUGUACUCCAACACCUACUCGUACCCUUUAUCGGUUGCCUCUUUCGUGUGUUGGCCUUGA